UCGCUAUGAAAUCCGAGGACGGCGAGCACCAAGUACUCAGCCCAUGGUCGUCCUCGCCACGGGGACCCGCGGCGGCUCCGUCUGCCACGACUUCGGCGUCGCAGACUACGUGGCGUCGCUGGGUGCGGCUGCUCGCCUCGUUUCGGCCGCGCACCCACGAGCCCACCACUAUGACGGUCACCAUGCCGGCCACGGUGGCCGCCAUCAUGGACAGCUCGUCCAUACAGCGCAUCACGCUGAUGCUGGGCUCCAGCCUCAUGUGGACCAUGCUGGCGGUGCUGGGCCGGCGCAGGCACUCGGUGGAGCACACGGCCCGCCUUCUCUUCUUCGUAAGCCUGGGCGCUUUCGUGGGCGUGCUCAGCUGCACGUUGCGUAUGACGCGCCCCCACGGAUCCAUCGCCGUCAACGCUUCCGUGGUCGUGCGCGGCUUCACCACCGCCUUCGCGUUCGCUGCCAGGUCGACAUGGGUGAGAUGAGCAUGGCCAGCCAGACGGCGUUCGCCUACGUCUUCUUCGUGUCCAAGGCGCGCGAGACGGACCAGGGACUGGCGAACAUGUACAAGUACGCCAUGGACGUGCUCAUGGCGUGCGCUCUCACGUGGACGUUCCUGCCCGAGGAUGCCGUGCCACGUUCCAGCUACGGAGCGGCCGUUUUCGUUCUUUGCGCCGUCGUGACGGCCGAGGUGCAGCGGCUGCACCACAUGCCCCGACCAGCGCCAGGAGGCAGGGUCCGCAUGCGCUUCUUCAUGUGAAGCCCGCAGCUUCACUCCGAUUGCUCUCUGUAUUGUCAAGCAUUAAUUAUCAAUAUCGUCUCGUCUUUUAGCCUCUGUUAUCAUUCCAAAGCGAAUCUAAUAAUGAAAUAUGAGCAUUUGAUAAAAUCAACACCUGUGUGCUGUUCGCUCAGAGCAAUAUGACUGCCUCUAACCUCCUCCGGUUCGUUCACAGUAUCCUUCCAAGGUCAACAAACUGAGGAAAUGCGGCCAUGUGGGAAAGUCACGUUGCUCGUGUUCUUCUCUAAAUAAUAUAUGGCUUUGAUCUAUACAUUCUUUGUUUCUUAGUUUUUUGUUCUCCAGGCACUUUGCGGUAGGUAGGUUCCUUCCACGCCUCUUUUGAGGUCGCUGUAAAAACAGACAUGCGUGGCCGAUGGUGCAAUUCAACGUCUGACCUCCAGAAGAGCAUCUCAUUGCUCUACCCAUGAGGCCACGAUCGUUGUUUUUGUUUUCUUUAUUGGCGGUUUUGAGAAAACAAAACCGAGUGCAACGGUGAAAACGAGUCAACCUGUCUUUGGCUCAGACGGCAGAAAUAAACUGUUUUCAAUACAGCCAAAUCAUCAAGCACCAUAAUCUAGGCUCUUUGCAACUAAAGCUGCGCAUUAGCGAUGUAACAUUCUACUGCGUUUAUGAUCGUCCCAGGUCAAAAAGAUUUAACGUUUCAUUACCGUAGUGAAAAUAUCAUUGCCAUUUUACCAUAGACCGCAUGCCAUAGACAUAGCAGUGUACGAUUGUAUAACAGGUAUUAAUUGAUGACGUCACAAUUAUUUGUUUCUCUCGUUUUCGCACUCUCAGUACCUAUGUAGAACCCAACAGUCGGCAUGUCUUAAGUUCGCGUCCAGUGGCCGUCGUCGAAAUCGUGCCGUCACGGUUCCACGAUAGUCGUCACUGUCGUCUCACUGCUGUCGUCGUAGACAGGCUCGCCUAAGCCAAAUAGCAGCUCGCCUUACACUAACGCGUUGUUCUACCUGGCGGCACUGCGUAACCUGGUACAAUGCCAGGUAGCCACCUAUCUGCAAACUGCUUAGCAUAAUAUCGAUACCCACAGUGCGUGGGUCCUUGGUCCUGCUCAUCAUCUUUCUCUUUUUUGCUUCUUGAAGACACGAUCUUCUGUAGCGAGAUCUCCUGAGGCAAUUUGAGGCUUUCUAUAUUGCAUGUAGGAGAAAGAAAAGGCUCCAAAAUGAAACUGGGAACGAAGCAUACUCACCAAUUAUUGUGGGGCUACGUAUUGAGCCGUAAUGUUGAGUCAUUACGGAAACAAGGUCAAAAUUUAACACAGAUGCUCUCGUUCAAAGUGGACAUGCCUGAAAGCUGAACCGAAAGUGUGGCUUUAUUUAAUGAAAAAUGCGCGCAGAUCCUGGACACUAUGCAGCCUAAAAAUGUGGACCAAUUUCGCAAGGUAGUGCAGUCUAAAAAGAAAGAACUAAAUGUAAAGGAAAAUAAAGCCUGAGUAACAUGUUCUAUGUAAGAGUAAGAUGGCAAGAAAGAAAAACAAGUUCUUAUGAGGGAGCCUAUGUUCGCUCCCUAAUUACAGACAUGGAAAAACGUGGAACAACAGACCCCAUGGACAGUGGCAGCAGCCACGAUACACGGUGAACUCUUAUUGCUUGAAUAAAGAAGCAUUGUCUUUUCGA